GACCCGCGGUACUCUUGAAGGUUCGAGUUGAGAUCACUUCGAUCCUGCCUUGCUAGAUCGCUAUCCGCAGUGAUGCUGGUGGAGUGACUCCAAACCCCUUACACAAGAUAGAAGAGAAUGAGGUCACAAGUGAAAAAGUAUUUAAAUUCCUUUUUCCCAUCGUUUUUUUUUCUGUCUUUCCUGUAGCAGAGCAUUUCAGUUCUUCGGCUUACAUAUAUCCACAUUUACCAAAUUACUACACGGCUUUACGUGACGAGAUAGCCAGGAAAUCAUGCAAUUCAAAAAUAGCAUCACAGCGUUGUCGCUAUGGAUGCUUGAAGCCUCCGCGAGAAGCAUUGGCCGCGCUGAAACGCAGCCCUUUGUCCACCCAGGAGCCUUGCACACUGCCAAAGAUUUCAGCAGAAUCAAGGCCCGUUUAGAGAAGCAAGAAGAACCAUGGUAUACUGCAUGGCAACAUCUGGAAUCAGGAGAGCUAGCCCAAACAACCUGGGUAGCAACACCGGAAACGAUUCUCGUUCGUGGAAGCAAUGAUCUCUACGAUCAGAAUUAUCAACAUGCAUAUCGCGAUGCUCACUCAGCCUAUCAGUUGUCGUUACGUUGGCUUCUCUCAGGAAACAGCUCCUAUGCCGAUGCUGCUGCUGCGACAUUAAACGGCUGGAGCUCAACUCUGACAGGGAUCUGGGGUAACGAAGAUAUGAAUCUUGCAGCUGGACUUUAUGGAUACCAAUUCGCAAAUGCUGGAGAGCUCUUGCGCUCAUAUUCAGGCUGGUCAGCCGCUAAUCAAUCAGCAUUUGGCAGUAUGCUCGGUAUCUUCUCGGAUAUGAGUCGCGAUUUUCUCGAUAAUCAUAACGACAAACCCAACUUCUACUACGCCAACUGGGAUCUGUGCAACAUUGCAGCACUGAUGGCAAUCGGUAUCUUUAAUGAUAAUGUUACAAUGUAUAAUUAUGCUGUCGACUACUUCAAGUAUGGACUCCCUGAUGAUGCUGUUGCCAAUGGCGCUCUACCUUUCUUCUCCAUCGCGAAUUUCACCGAAGAAGGUUCGGAAAAGAUUCUUAUGGAGGGACAAGAGGCAGGACGUGAUCAGGCCCAUACUCUGCUUGACUUUUCUCUGCUAGGAGUAAUCGGGCAGCAAGGAUACAAUCAAGGUGUGGAUCUCUAUGCCACAUACGGCAACCAAAUUCUCAACGGAGCCGAGUAUGCCGCGAAGUACAAUACUAAUAACACGGUACCAUACACCCCAUAUACAAGCUGGGAAGGUGAAUUGUCAGUCGUUGCGAAUAAAUCCCGAUUUGAUGUUCGGCCUGGUUUUGAGGUAAUCUAUUCGCACUAUGCAGAGCUCAAAGGUCUAGAUGCAUCAUGGUCGAAAGUUUAUCGGGACUAUGUCAACAGUAACUUGACAGCCAAUGUUGAGGGUGGUGGUGGCGAUUACAGCCCGAAUUCUGGUGGUUAUGAUGCUUUGGGACACGGUACCCUAAUGUAUCGCUUGGAAGCAUCUGAUUAGUAAGAUGCUAAACGUAUCGAUGUUGCUUAUCACUUUUCUUCAAAGACAGUGUGUAUUGAACAUCAGUUGUUGCAAGCAUAUAGUGACAUCGAUGUUCAGCGAGGGAACCAUCCUGCUAAGCGUAAUAUUGAAAGUGUUUUGCAACCAAUAGAUAUUCCAAAACAUGGAUUUGCUUAUUUCAUGCAGGACUGCAAAAGAAUCUCUCAUUAUCACUAUCA